GGGCGCUCCAGAUUGUUGAUAUCUGUGCGGUGAGCACAUGUAUAAUGUGUGUACGUGUGACUUUCAGGUAUUUUCCACAUAAAUACAGCAGGUAAAAAAUAAGUAAUGACAUCUCUAGUGCAAUAUGUGGUUGUACGUGGCGACCUUCUAAGAAACCUAAAGUGGCCAACUGGUGCUGUUAUUGCUCAGGCUUGCCAUGCAUGUACUGCUAUUAUACACCAUUUCUAUGGGGACCCUAAUGUGAUGCAGUACUUAUCAGAUGUAGAUAAUAUGCAUAAAGUUGUUCUUGAAGUAAAAGAUGAAGAUGAACUGCGGAAUAUUUCUGAAAAGCUAUCCGCACAGAAUAGAGACUACAAGUUAUGGAUAGAGCAGCCUGAGAAUUAUGCUACAUGUCUCGCUGUAAAACCUUACCCCAAGGACGAAAUCAAACCAUACUUAAAAGGUCUAAAGCUAUAUAAAUGAAAUUAUGAGCAGAUGAAGGUUUAAUUCAAUGUGAAUUCCCAUCCCAAUCAGCAAAGAAUGGGAUAAAUUUCCAGAAUAUUGUGCUGACAAAAGCAUUGUAUAAAAGUGUGUAGGGGAAGGGAAAAAAAGAAAGGGAAAAAUGGUUACCUUUCCUGUGUACAAUAGGCUUUAAAGAAUAAGGUUUUAAAAAAAACAUAUCUUGUUAAAAAAAAAAAAAAAAACGUUAAAUAGAUUGAUUUGUCACACUGUGAAUGUAAGAAAAGGUUAGCCCCUCAUGUAUACAAUUUAAAUAUGUUAUAAUUUUUGUUACAAUAUUUUUGCUUGAAUUAAAUAUUUAGACAAAAAGACACCAGAAUACUUGAAUUAAGAAAUAAAUGUUUUUUGUUUCUGAAAUUUAAAAAAAAAUUCAAAAACGAGUAACUGUUAAUUAUAAUUAAGAGCAUCUAUCUUUAUGACAAGUAUCCAUAGUAAGUUUUCUUUUUGACCUACGUUGUCUUGCCUAAAAUAAUUUUACUAAGUGCACCUUGCAUUAAGAGGAGGCUAAAGAGAUAAUAAAGUCGGCAGCAAUAUUUUCCUAAAGCA